GUGACUGUGAAAACAUCCGAUCAGCAGGGGGCGCUGCGUCUCCCAGGUAUCCGCUGCUGGCGCGUGCAGUUGUGGAGCGAGUAAGACGUCAGACAGUGUGAUCAGAGAUGAGACAUAGCAAAAGUGAACUGAUGUUGUUGUUCAUGUUUUCACAGAAAAAUCAAUAAAAAUUAAAUAUGCUGCACAGUGAAGACCCCUUCUUCUUCCACGUGUAACAUAUUUUUGGCGAGCCAGCCAGGAGGAUAGGACGCCGGUGGAUUUCAAGCCCAUCAGCUCCCCUUCCUCUACCCAAGAGACGAGUCUUCUUCUUCAUUUAGUGGAGAAAUGGAGGAAGUCCAGCUUCUGCGAGACCGUGUAAGUGCAGCCUUAUGGCAACUGAAAGAGGGACCUCUCAUGCGUGUCUGCAGGUCGUUAGAGUGUGAUGGCCUGGACAACAGAGAGCCUGGAAGUUUGCCCCGGAGGAUGUUGAUUAGGAAAGCAGAAGAUGUGCUGGAUGAGAUAGAGAUAAGUCGUAGUGAUGAUGACGUUAAAAAAGUCCUGAAUGAUAUCUUGAUAGAAAUGGAAAAACAAGAAAAAAAACAUGAGAUUGUUCCACAGAAGAGUCAGGGGGAGAGGCUUUCUCCACCACGUCACCUACACGUCACGCCAGCGGUCGGGGCAACCACACAUGAGGAGCACUCACCACGGCACCAACUCCUCUUUAAGAGCCCAGAACCUCCACUCAAGAGCCCAGCACAUGGGUGGCCUGAGGUCACACUAAGGAGAGAGUUCAAAAUAUUUGGACAAAUAGGAGAAAGCGGGCAGAAGGAAAAGCUGUCCUACCUCAACCUCCUCAGACAGAUUGAGAUGGGGACAGAAAAGGGGCACGGGGAGAUGGAGAUAACUGAAGCGGUGAUCAGGGCUGUGAGUCCAGGACUGCCAUUGAGAGACAUGUUGGAGAUAAAACGCGGCCUUACACUCCCCGCUCUCCUCACCAUCCUGAGAGGUCAUUAUAAGGUUGAUAGCUCCACAGACCUUUACCACCAACUCAUUAGCCUGUCCCAAGAGCCCAAAGAGACGGCCCUGAAUUUUGUGUUCCGUGCCAUGGAGGUAAAGGAGAAGUUAUUGUGGAAAGCUGAGAAUGGGGAUGCUGAGGAACAUUACAGUCGAGCCACCAUCCAGCGGAAGUUUCUCAGGUCCAUUGAAACAGGGUUAUUGAGUGACGCUGUUAAGUUUAACAUCCUACCUCACCUCAAUAAUGUAAGAAUCACAGACGAAGAACUCAUAGAGAGAGUGAAUGAAGCGUCAAAACUGGAAAAUGAACGACAGGAAAAACUAAAGAGGUUUACUGCUGCUAGAGGCUCCAGGGUGCAUGAGCUCACCUCUGAUGUUCAAACCGACUCCAUUCUGUCCAAGAGUGUGCCUACAUCCAAAGAAUCCAACACAACGGUGGUUGUCAAAGCGAUGAAAGGCAAAGAGACCAAAAACGAGCAGAUCUUGAGCACACAACAGAUGAUCGAAGAGCUGCGCACUGAAAUGAAACAGAUGUUGUCCGCUGCUUUGGAAGCUCGCCCUCAUCCUCCUGCGGAGAGACAGCGGAGCAGAGGUUGUCAAAAAUGCAGAAAUGAGGGGGUAGGUGAAAAUUGUACACACUGCUUUAAGUGUGGGCAGGAUGGCCACUUCUCCCGUGGUUGCCGGGCCCAGAGACCGUUGCAGGGAAACGGGCCGGGACCACUGGGGCGGGAUCACCAGUAGUCCAGGAUCGAGAGUCCCAAA